UGGUCUGUCCCAAACGACCAUCUAGAGAAUAAAAGCUUUCCCUCAGAAGACAGUAUGAUUAUCACCUACAAAUUGAUCGCAGUCGGUCCUGCCAUAGAGACGUGAACAUUUUGCAUUGUAGUUAUUCUUUAAUGUCGUCAUAGUGCCUGACAACCUACUGUAUCGUGGAUGGUUUUACAGUGUCCAGCUGUGGCAACGUUCCACCUGUCAGACCGUUGGCCCUCCAUCUGGCAAGACCACACCGUAAGAUUAUGCAAACACUAAUUGUCCUGUUCAUCUCAGCUGUUGCAUGCGUCCAGUGUGACAGCCUAACGGGCAAAUCUUACUACAUCCAUAGGGACGUUAGGACAUGGAACGAAGCAAGGACAAUAUGCGAGGACAAUGGAGGACGCCUGGCCCAGAUAGACAAUCAGCAGACCUUGGAUGCCCUUAUGGCUUAUUCAAACACCGAUCAUUGGAUAAAUGAUAUGUUUGGACAUUUCUGGAUUGGACUGAACCGAGCGGAACAUGAGACCGAUUUCCGGUGGGAUCACUGCGAGGCUGUUGAUGGUUCAUCAUUUACGUUCUGGGACAGCGCGGCAGUCCACGAGGCGGGGAAAAUGUGUGUGUUUGGUGAAAGGGACACAUUAAAGUGGUACAGCGAAAUAUGUGACAGCAGUAGCUAUCUGUAUCUAUGCCAGAAAGACACAGGUCCCUGUACAUACACAGACUUCAGUGGGACGUGUACAGGGCCCAGCCAUGCUGAAGCUUCUGUCGUUCCUGGUGUGGAUGUGGCUGAAUGUGAAGACUUGUGCAGUAACACCCUACAGAACAAGCUGGCAUGCUGGAUGUACAGCUACGACAAUCCCAACUGUACGCUGUAUUUCGACACGGACCCAUGGGCAUGUACACAACCGUCACUGGCAGCCACAGCAAAGACGCGGGUCUGCUUUACAUUUGAAACACUGACUUCGUCCUCAAGCCUCAGCAACUCUGAUUCCAAACCAAUUAUCGACUGCGACUUGUAUACAUCCCGAGCUGCCGCUACCUCCACACCAACGACAACAGUCUCGACUAUAACCAUGGCAACUAAUCUCACUACCCCAGUUACUGCAGGUAUCACUACCCCGGCCACGUCAAGUCUCACUAUGGAAACUAAUCCCUCUACCUUUGCCACGUCAAGUAUUACUAUGGCAACUAAUCCCUCUACCCUGGCCACGUCAAGUAUCACUAUGGCAACUAAUCCCUAUAUCCUGGCCACGUCAAGUAUCACUAUGGAAACUAAUCCCUCUACCUUUGCCACGUCAAGUAUUACUAUGGCAACUAAUCCCUCUACCCUGGCCACGUCAAGUAUCACUAUGAGAACUAAUUCCACUAACCCGGCCACGUCAAGUAUCGCUAUGGCAACUAAUCCCUAUGUCCUGGCCACGUCAAGUAUCACUAUGGAAACUAAUCCCUCUACCCUGGCCACGUCAAGUAUUACUAUGGCAACUAAUCCCUCUACCCUGGCCACGCCAAGUAUCACUAUGGCAACUUAUUCCACUAUCCUGACCAUGCAAAGUAUCACUAUGGCAACUUAUCCCACUAUCCUGGCCACGUCAAGUAUCACUAUGGCAACUAAUCCCACUAUCCUGACCACGCCAAGUAUCACUAUGGCAACUAAUCCCACUACCCCGACCACGUCAAGUAUCACCAUAGCAGCUUAUCCCGUUACUCCGGCUGUGUCAAGUAUCACUAUGGGAAAUACCACGACUAACCCAGCAAGCACGCCUGCAGGAGCACCACCUGUUACUACCGCACUGGCGUCGACGUCAACAGCAACAGACUCUUCUGGGAACAGCGAAACCUGCCCGUGUUUGGUGUGCGUUGUGACAAAAAAUGUGACAGAAAUGAAGAGUAUCAUGGACGCCAUUCUCCUGCUCCUGAAGUUAGACAAGUCCAAGCUGUCAGCCACCAGAAGGAAGCUGGAGUCAGAGCCGGACGACAGACCCUCAGCACAGGCCAUUGGCUACUCGGGGAUAAUCUUCAUCGUCAUCACACUCAGUUUCUUCGUCCUAAGUGAUCUAAUGCGACUCUGUCAGUUCUUCUCAAGCAAGACAUCUAACCCCCAAUUAACGAUCGGGGACAACACUGCCUGAAGACUGAGGUCCCUGGUCCGUUGUUCUGUGUCAGUGCUGGAGGCACGGAUCGACAGGUUAGAGAAGUCUGCUUAUGGCAAGUUUGGAUUUAUCAGUCACAGAUGAAGCCACAUACAUCAAAAACACUUUAAACAGGAUACAGUAAACUACGUUUAUAACGAACACGCCUAUAACGAACUGACGGAUAUAACGAACAUAUUUUUUAUCCCGGCCAUUUGCUGUAUAUAUGCUUAUAACGAAUUUUAUUUCAGUUGCGAUGUAAAGACAGGGAAAGGUAAAGGUUGUUACCAGUUGGAAACAGAAACAGGAAUUCCAUGAUGUCUGCUGCACUAAAGAUCGCCUUUCAUGACGUGUGUGGAAGCUAAAAUAUUGAAGUCUAAAAAUUGUUAAAUCCAAAUGUUUAUCUUGAAGGUGCACUUAUAUUCGAAAUACUUAGCGUCUCUUUUUUACGAACUGACUAGUGGUAUUUUAUACCGGUCCUUGUUCACUUUACUGACGCCCCGUAAUCUCAACAUUUAUCAAUUUUUUUCAAUUAUGGAUAAAUGACAUUUUUCAUGUUUUAUUCUCGACCUCGCCCAUAUAGUCAGCCAAAACCUCACCCACGUCAUCACCCUCUUUCUCUCCAUCACGCACAGUAUCGACACAUGCUUUUCUUUGUCAAAAUAAAGUAACCAUUUUCAGAAUGUAUUUUAACACAGAGAGUUUUUCACUUUCACAUGACAAUGCUUCACAAUUCACUCAUGCAAUUAUGAAUUACAUGUAUCCUGUUUCCUUGAUGUAUCGGUCGCUAUAUAAGGGCAAUAAUCUUGAACGCGACACAACCCCCAUGUCACCUUUCUCGUCUUUCAUCGGUCAACAUUCAUCACGCGCCUUUCAGGGAUAGAAGACACAAGGUUAGGGUCAUUUGUUUCAGUUGUUCUCAACCUUGCACUGAUUGCAGUUUAAUUAAUAAUUUAGUUAUCUAUUAUCCAAAGUGUGCGUAAGAGCUACAGUUACAAUCAUGUAUGCCAUAUGUUUGUGUAUUGUUGAAUGUCUUUAAUUGCUUUGAAAACCAAAUGUUGUUUCUUCCCUAGUAUCUGUGCCGAAUGUGUUGUAGCUCAACAGUGACUGUUUCUUUAGUAGGGUUGAACUAUUGCAGAACUGUUACGUUCUCGAAAAGCAGUAACAUUUCGAUCUAAUUCUGAAUAUUUUGUUUGGAUCACUCUAAGAUCAACGUACCUUUUAGGUUUAGGAUAACAUUGCAAAACCAAUGACGAGUUCUAAGUACUGCUUAUAGAAACUCUUGAAGGCAAGUACUAUUUCAAGUCAUGUUCUGUCUUGUUGGAGGCGAUUGUCUUUCGAACCCAGCUCAAAGGAGUGUUUCUUCAUGUAUCACAAACAAGUUCAACACGUGCCCUAUUUUGAUAACUGAUUAAAAUUAGGAGAUAAACAUACUGUGUUUUCAAUGUAGAGCUAGGUUACCUGUAGA